ACGUACGAACGUACAUAGAUUUGUGUGUCAUCGCAAUGGAAGCGUUUGAAAUAUGAUCAUAUAUGACACUCCGAAAAUGAAGAAGCGUGACUAAAUAUUAAGCAAGACUGAAAAUAAACUACGGGACACUCUUAUUCAUUGCUAAGAAUAAGAAUAGAGACUACUGUCGUCGCGUCAUAGGUUAAGUUUAAGUGAAGAAUUAAAAGGAACGAACGUGUUCCCUUCUUCACACGUUCAGGAUGACAUUACCCGGCAUCGGGGUGUUUGGCACAGGCAGCAUUGUCAGGAUCAUUAUACCUUUCCUGAGAGAGAAGGGUUUCAGAAUCGAGGCUAUAUGGGGUCGUACGCUGGCAGAGGUUUCGGAGGUAGCAAACGAUCUCCAAAUACCGUUUCACACAAGUCGCAUAGACGAUGUUCUUCUGAGGAAGGAUGUGGAUCUGAUCUUCAUAAUGUGCUCGCCAAGCUUGCAUUCCCAGAUUGCUGUCAAAGCCCUAGGCAUAGGAAAACACGUCGUAUGUGAUAAACCUGCAGGUCUAAGCCAAAGUGAGGCUUUGAAGAUGGUACGGGCUGCACAGUAUUAUCCUUCGCUGAUCAGCAUAGUCAAUCACAGCCUAAGAUUUUUGCCAGCCUUUGUACACAUGAAGAAGGUAUUGGAAGAUGGAUAUUUGAGUGGACCUGUAACAGUCAUAGAAAUCCGAGUACACAUGGGCAGUUUAUUGCAUAAUGGAUAUGAUUGGUUGUGUGACGACACAAUGGGUGGAGGAAUCUUGGCAUUGGUGGGCAGUCAUGUUAUAGAUUUAAUUUUUCAUUUGAUGGGUCAACGAGCUUCGAGAGUGCACGCUGUUGUGAGAACGUUUACCCAAUCAACAAAGUAUAUUAAUGGGAUCAGGCAUGUCACAUCACCAGAUUUCUGUAGCUUUCAAAUGGAGUUAAGUGGUGGUACCUUGGUAACGGCUACUCUAAGCAAUCAUUUGCAAGGUCAGCUCUCCCAAGAGGUGCUGAUAUGUGGAGGUGGAAAUCAUCUGAUUGUUCGAGGUGGAGAUUUAUAUGGAUGCCGUGGUGAACAAGAGGAAAUUCUGUAUCGUGAUACGGAUGACUUGCAAGGAAUAUCCUUACCAAUUGUGGACUCCAUACCCAGGCCUUAUAUCAAAGGACUUAGGAAGAUGAUUGCAGCACUAAGAGAAGCCUUUCAAUCUGUGGAGGACAAAAGAGGAUGGAUUAAAGAACCGGUGUUCUCCGCUUCUACAUUCGAAGAUGGCCUGUAUGUGCAAGCGGUUAUUGAUGCGCUGCGACAAAGUAACAAACAACGUGGAUGGGCGAAAGUUAACAUUCUGACAGAAGAGCCGGAUCCGAAUCCUUUGUUAAGCGCUGCUGUCAGAGCUACAGCCAUCUCGAUAUAAGAGUCUGUUUUGCAAAAGCUUUUCAUUGCUUAUGAAAAACUUUGCUGUACUGCUAUAUAUCCGAUAGAUAUAAAAAUUGUACUGAUACGUUAAUUGCGAGAAAUAAUAUUUAA